UAUGAAUCUAAAAACUACCCUUUACAUUUUUCUCUCCAUCUACUGUUUCCUAACACUCAAAAUCUCUUUUCUUUUGCCUUUUCCAUUUUUUUCCCUUUAUACCGAACUUCCUCCUCCCAAGAUCAUCCUGAAGUUGUUUACAUGUUUUGUAAUUGGAUUUAGUUUGUGCCUUAAAUUACAAAUUUAAUUUAAGGUAUGCACACAGCACACUCGCACUUAAAUUACAAAUUAAUUGGGUAGGCUAAAGCACUAGCUAGAGCUUUGUGCGAUUAGGUUAGGUUUAUUUGUAACGAAUUAGGUUAGUUUUUUAAUUUAUACAUUUAAAUAUGGUCCAAACGUGGACCUCACAUUUGUAUUUGCUGACGAGAGCUUGUGAAAUAUAUAUGUAAGGUGUCUCAGAUGAGGUGUUUAAUAAGUUUUCCAAUCAUAAUUAAAGUAAGGGAUCCCUUAAUUAAAGUAAUCGUGUAAAAAAUUAAAACAUGUGAGUGCUUUCCUAAUUUCAUCGACCUCUAGAGAUUUCUUUUCCAUAAUGUUAUUGGUUGAUAUUGGGUCGCACGCAGCCACCAUUAACUUUGUUUUCUUUUCUUUGUCCCUAACAAAUUAAAAGCUUUGAAACGAUUGGUUUAAUGCCUUGCAUACGAAUACUAUAUUCAAAGUUGCGGGUUUGAUUCAAAUACCAUAUAAUGCUGUUCUUGUUUGUUUCACUUUUUUUUGUGUUCUUCUUAAGGGAUAACUAAAAGAUUAUAGAGGCUAUGUAUUUAUCUUACAAAAAUGUAAAACCAAAUAACAACAAAUUUUAAACAUUUGUUUAAGAUAUCUCAAAAUAAGUAUGUUCUUAUAAUAUAACCACAAAUCAAUAAUGCCAGAAGAAAUAUACCUUUGGUAUAAUUUUUUAAAAAAUUAGAAGUUAUCCGGAUUCUUAACACUUACUGAUUUUACAAAAUGAAGAUAAGUGUUGAGUAGCUAGGGCAUGAAAUCUGUAAAAUUAAAUCUCUUAUAAUGUGAACAGAAUUAUAUCAAAUAUAUCAUAAAAUUUGAAAGAUUGAAGGUGAAAGAAUAUGACAUUAUCGUAUUUUUAGUGAGUAUAUAGAGUGAUACUAUAAUCAAAUGAGAAAUGUUAUAUAACUAUACGCUGGAGGCAUAGGAAAUAUUUAUAUGUUCAUAAAUAAAUAAAUUCGCUGGGCGUGUUCAGAUUUUAACUUUCAGAUCUAAUGAAGAGCUUGUAUCUACUGACUAGCGACUAUACAGUCUUAAAUUAAACAAAUGGAAACGUUAAAAAUUAAUUAUGUAUAUAUGGAUUGUCUUCGUUUUUUGAGCAAAAUGUAUAUGGAUUAUCUUGUGGGGUAUAUGAGGUUAGAGAGUUGUAUAGCUUUAAAAGUGAAUGUAAGGUAUAUAGCGUGCGGAAUAUAUACUAUAUAGUUAUAUCAGCAUCCGAUAGAUAUGUCGACUGAAUCACAAUCUAAUACCCAUUUUUAGUCGACAUCUAAUACCCGUUUAUAACGAAAGUUAGGUAUAACAUGGAAUUUAGAAGAUAAACAGAUUCUAUAUUCUUUAUGUUCAUGCGCAUGUGAUUCUCGUCAGAUUUUAAUUGCCGUUUAACGGCGCCAAGCGAUUUACUAGCUAGUAAUACUACCAUUACUUAUCAAGAACCCUCAACAACAAUUUUUUAUAAUAACGUUUUACAAAUUGUACAUUUUCAUAAGACGGUGAUUAAACCAAGCAAUUUAAUUUUGACUCUCUUUCCGAUGGAAACCGGAAUAUAAUAAACCACUGCUUUUCGAUCCACUAGCUAGAUUGCAUGACUAAAUUCUGGAGGGAAUCGAACUACAUAAUAUUCAAAUUUACGGUCUAUUUCUAGUUACAUUCCCAAUUACGUUGAUCAAUCAUUAUUCAAAAAAGUAUUAAUGAUCUAAACCUGAAACUUGAUUGGUUUGUCCAUAUUCUCAAGUUCCAUCUCGUGUGUACAUGUUCUGGUUAGAUACUCCUAGGAAUGUUUAUAACUAUUACGUGUUUGGUAUGAACAUGCAGAUAUUAUACGCAGAAAACGCAUAUUACUUCAUCUCUAUUUGUUGAGUCAAUAAUAUUUAAUAUAUGUUAUCUACGGCCAUUAAUUAUUGUUUUUAAAUGGUGUGAACAAAAGACUAAAAUUAGUGGUAGAUGAAUAAAAAAUAGCAUGCGGAUAAGAGUUUUAAAUUCGAUAAACACGAUUUUACUUUAAAUACAAGGGAUAAAUCAACCAUUAGCCAAUUGUGUCUGACUCAUGUUAAAAAAAAAAAACUUUACCAGUUAAUUACUUUCUUUCAAUUAUUCAUUAGUUUUUGUCCUUUUAUUAAAAUGUUAGUGCACUCAUUCCACAAUCGGUAGAGAUACUAAUGUUUUAAAUUAGUUUUUUUGUCAUUUUAUUGAAUGUUUCGAGUGCCACGGUUGGAAAGAAUUCACAAAAAUGAGGAACUUGUUUAAGCGUUGUAGUGAUAUAUAUAUGAGGUUUCCAGAUCAAAACCAUGUACUCUCCAUGUACAAUCUGCAGCUAGCAAUGAAAAACUAACAAUUGAUCUUGAGCGAUGUACUUUUCAAGAUUUGGGAUAUAUUUUGGAUUCCAAACAUAAAGAAAAUGUACUGGGUUGUCUGUGACUGUAGAAGAUUUGACGUGGUGAUAAGUUAGGUUAUCGUGUAACAUGUGUACAUAGCAUCGAAUACAAAUGUUAUAUUCUGUUAUGAUGCUUGUGAGUUGUGACAUGGUCCAUUUAAUCUGUGUUUUGUCUCCUAUAUAUACAUAUAUAUGCAUACACGGGAAAGCAUAAUAUAAAGGUACGAAAGACAAAAUUCAUAAAGGAGGUUCAAAAGGGAGACAAGUGGUUACGAACCUUAAAAGCAUGGCCAGAAGUUUAGUAACUUAAAAGAUAUGGGUCGAAGCAUAAAUAUCAAAUUAGCUCACAAAGUAAUAAAGAGAGAUUUAAAGGGUGGAGAGCAUUAACAUUUAAUUAAGUCAAUUAAUAUGAAAAAUAAAAAACGAAAAGGACACUGUGCCACUAGUAAUUUAUAAGGGGCAAAUUGUGGAAUAAAUAUUUUAAUUAACGUCGGAUUAUCACUAUAUAUAUGGAUGGAGGGAAGGACCACGAAAGACAAACCGAGAUUAGUGUUGAAGAAAACAAAAAAAAAGAGCAAGAAAGAAAGAGAAGAUUGUUGCAUAGAAAAAGAGAGAGAGACAAAUGGAGUGGAGAAAAUGGUAUUUAGAUGCAGUUCUUGUUCCAUGUGCUCUACUUGUGAUGUUUAGUUACCACAUCUACUUGUGGUACAAGGUUCGAACCGAACCUUUCUCUACCAUCGUCGGCACUAAUUCUCGCGCUCGUCGAUCUUGGGUUGCCGCCAUCAUGAAGGACAACGAGAAGAAGAACAUCUUAGCUGUACAAACACUACGAAACACGAUCAUGGGAGCGACGCUAAUGGCCACAACUUGCAUCCUCCUCUGCGCAGGUCUCGCCGCCGUUUUAAGCAGUACUUAUAGCAUCAAGAAGCCUCUAAACGAUGCCGUAUUUGGAUCCCAUGGUGACUUCACAGUCGCACUCAAAUACGUAACCAUCCUCACUAUCUUCCUCUUCGCCUUCUUUUCUCAUUCUCUCUCCAUUCGCUUCAUCAACCAAGUCAACAUCCUCAUUAACUCUCCUCAAGAUCCAUCCUCCGAUGACUUCGGAAGCUUCGUGACUACUCCCGAGUAUGUCUCUGAGCUACUCGAGAAAGCUUUCUUGCUAAACACGGUAGGUAAUAGGUUGUUCUACAUGGGCUUGCCUUUGAUGUUGUGGAUAUUUGGACCCGUGCUUGUGUUCUUGAGCUCUGCGUUGAUGGUUCCUGUUCUAUAUAAUCUGGACUUUGUGUUUUCGUCGGGGAAUAAGGAGAAGUGUAAAGUGGAUUGUCAUGGAGAUUCUGAUGAUCACUGCUCUCCUUGAUAUUAUAUAUGUUCAUGUUGAAUAUGUAUAUGAUUAAUAAUAAACUUGUUGAUUAAUCUAAGUCUUUCAAGUUGGUUGUUGCUAAAUCGUUUUUUUGAAAGCGGGUAUUCUUGUAACCGGAUUUUCUAUGACGAAAUUUAGUUUAAUGAUGCGAAUACACUCAAGAACAUUUUAUAUCCUAAAUUUUGUGUAACAUGCAAACGCAUUAAGCUUGUGUCCUGAUGAACAUGUUGUUUAUAUACAUAGUUAUAUAAAUCUUUUACGAAAAUGUUUGAAUUAAGUCUUUGGGAGUCGUGGCUUCUAAUUAAGUGAUCAGAGGAGGUUCUUGGGACUCCAAAUCGAGUUUUUUUUCUAGAAGUUUGUGAUUAUAAUGUUAAGGUGGUUUGGGUACAAAGGUCUUGAGAUGAGAGUAAUGGAGAUGCAUAGGAUGAGAUAUGCAUAUCUUCAACAACUCGUAGAUGAAAGUUGAAUGACGAAAAUUGAUUGCACCGGUUCAUUUGUGGAGAAGGGCCAAAGACAUAGCCAUUUAGAAUAAAUCUUAAACAAUCUAUUACAAGAAAAAUAACUUAAUUUACUUACCACUAAUUUUGGAAUAUUCAGACAAAGAUUAAUUUUUGGUUAGAUCAAUUAUAACGUAACAUAUAUUAAAACCGGAUCUAUAUAUGUUAUGCUAGAUAAACUUUCAAUCUAAGACCAACAUGUAAUAAAUGUAUAACCAAUUUUUUGUAUGUUAUUAAAGAUAUAUUCCAACUUUUUAUGUGGUAUUUUGGACUUUGUGUUUACUAGUGGUAAUGUUCAGCGCCUGAACCAAUACUUCACCGGUGGUAAUGGAAUGGACAAUGUGGGUGCUACUGAACCAUCCAGAGCAGAAAUCGAAUCCGUUCGAUUUUAGUAACUUCGUCGCAGAAGUUAAUGGUUAUAGCGCAUAUAUAGGCCCAUUUGCGCAUAUAUAUAGGCCCAUUAAAAGCCCAAUAUAAUUGUUAAUUGGUUCAUUACCUUUUCUGUAUGUUCCCAGAAUCGAACCCUGAUCCGGAUCCUAUCUCGUCGGCGAGGAACGAAUUGCUCGCUUUGAGAGCAAUUCACAGGCGGAGAAGCUGCGAGGAGCGUUUCUCUCAAUCCAAUUUCGCCACACCACUAGUUUUU